CUUCUGUCAAUGGCAGCCAGGGUUGUUGUGCCUAAAGAUUACCGAUACGGCACCAACAGACCCUGGACUAUAGCUGCUAAGAGGCUGAAUCCCCCGGGGAAGAGAAGGAGAAAAGUGUUUGUGGAGCCGAUUGCGCCUGAGGACUGGACAGUACUCAGAGGGGACACGGUUGAGAUUCUUGCAGGGAAGGACAAGGGGAAACAGGGGAAAGUGGUCCAAGUCUUCAGGCACAGAAACUGGGUUAUCCUGCAGGGACUGAACACACAUUACAGGUAUAUUGGAAAAACUCAUGAUUACCCUGGGACCUACAUUGCCAGUGAGGCUCCUAUUCUGCUUCGCGAUGUUGCCCUCAUUGACCCGUCAGACAGGAAGCCCACAGAGGUAGAAUGGAAAUUCACAGAGGAGGGUGACAAAGUCCGAGUGUCUGUCAGGACGGGUUGCAUCAUCCCCAAGCCUGUUGUAGAGCGACGAGAUGGCAUUGUGCCAGAGCAGUGGAAAGAUGGUCCAAAAGACACCAGUCCCGAAGACACUGUAGAAAAGACAUUCACACCAUCUCUGAAAACCCUGGAGGAAGAGGUCAUGGAGAAACUAGGUAUUCAGGAGAACAGAAGGCAACGAAAGUCCUACUGGUACUGACAGAGACACUUAGGCUUCUAGUAACCACGGGGACUCAAAAUGUGCUGUGUUUUGGUGGGUGUCAUGCUGAGUGACAUAGCAAAAAGAGGCCAUGUCAGGAUGGCAUGAGUAAGGGUUUUUGCUGGUAAAACACUGGUGCAUCAUACAAACUAUAAAGGAAAUGUUAGGUUUGUGAAAAUGUGGUGAUAUAGACAUGCAGCAUGUAUUACCUGAAUCAGUCUCUUUUUGCAGAGGUGUCAGUUUAUUGUUUUGUUUCUUUAUAACAUGAAUAAAUGUCACAUUUAACCCAGUCAUUUUCAUUUCUUUGAAUUU